UUCGAAGCUUAAGGUAUGUCGUCCCUUCUCUUAAGCCGUCAGUCCCGUGGGAUCCUGGGAACUAGGUAACCUGAAAAAAAUAAGCAACAUAUGCCAUCCCUUAGUUUUGAAGGUUUUCAUGGACUCAAAGAACCACCCAAGAAUUCGGCUACUAUUUGUGAUGGCUGUCGAUCUUGUUAAACACAUCGGAGGUUGUCACUGUGGCAAAGUUCGCUUCGAGAUCUUAGCUAAACCCGUGCUGAAGGCUUGGAAAUGCAAUUGCACCAUAUGUGUGAAGAAAGGGAUCACACCUGUUCUUGUUCCUGAAGAAUACUUUAAACUUCUCCAGGGUGAAGGCCACAUCUCUUGUUACACUUAUAACACCCAUCAAGCUAAACACUAUUUCUGUACAACAUGUGGAAUUCAUGCAUUCUAUCGACCUCGCAGUAAUCCUAAGGCUUAUGGCAUUUCACUACAUUGUCUGGAUGGAGGAACUGUACAAAAAAUUGAUACAGUCGUUAUUAAUGCCCUUGACUGGGAAAAUUGGGAAAAGUACUUGAUGGAACAUCCAGGUGCCUCAAACUACACUGACAAUGUGCAGUAGCACCAAGAGUCAGGGGUUGGGGGCAAUAAAAGGGAACUCUGGAUGGAAAUAUACCACCAUGGCCUUAGCUGACUAUUGACUAUAAGACUUCUGGUCCAGAAAGACUUCCUUUUCAAGAGGCUUAAGAAUCAUUGUUUUGGUAUUAAGCCAAAUUCUUUUAACUUCUUCACAAGGAGUGACAGUUGAGCUGCCAAGAGGGUAAAUUGGCAACCUGAUUGUACAACUCUAAGGGUUAAGGGGCUAGAUUUUAUACCCUGCUUUUUUUCUUGAGUCUUUUGAGUAUCAAGAACCGUAUAACCAUGUCUGUUGUUACAUACUCAUUCAGGCAGUAUUAUAGGUUGCACCCCUUGAGAAUGUUCCAUGGGAAAUGUUCAGGAGGUAGUUAGGAGUUGAUAAGAUUUGCCUAUAGUGUUCAAAUCUACAACAACCUCAUGAUGUGCUGUUAUAAUGCUGCUACUUAGCUGUGUGAGGCCAAAGAAUGAUAUCAAAUUUGUUGUAUGUAAAUUAUUUGAAUAUCAAACAGUAUUUUCAUUGUUUAUAUAGUUGGAGGUGAUUAUUUAUUUUAAGCCACACUCUGAGAAGUAGUUUUUGGGUCUCUGGUUCCCCACAUGAUGACUUAAAUGCUGGCUUACCAUCUGUACAUUGAUGUGAUAUUUUUUUAAAAUUGGUUUUGGAUGUUUGAAAAUAAA